AUGCUAAAAGAAUAUGCUCAUGAAUCAUCUUUACAUGGUCUGCAGUAUAUUUUUAAUGAAAGAUGCUCGCUGAUAGAUAGGUUCAUGUGGUUAGUCGUGUUUCUGAUGUCUCUAUUUUGUGCCCUGGCCCUCUGCAGUUCUAUGGUCGUGCGAUAUAUCAAUGGCCCAACUGUGACUCAGGUAAAAGACACACACUAUCCUUUGUAUUUAUUUCCUUUUCCCGGUGUUUCCGUCUGCCCUACUGAUAAGAUCAAAAGACAUGUCGCCUUCAGUUACAUCUACGAAAAGUUAAACCUGACAACAGGGAAGGUCAACAAUGACAGCAUUGACCAGUUCCUGUCCGCGAUGACAAUGAUGCAACACCCGAUGUACAGCAGGAUGAGCGAGUUCCUGGCCAACUGUCAGGAUUUACUACCUCAUCUCUCAAAGCUUAACCUUACAGACUUUAUGCUAAAGGUGAUGCCGACCUGUGAUGAGGUAUUUUCCGCCUGCGCCUGGCACGGGAUGACAGAGAACUGUUGUGACAUCUUCCAUAUACAACGCUCAGAGGAAGGAUUUUGCUACUCUUUCAACUCCUUUACGUCACACAGGCUAUCCAACUGUCCUCAGUUGACCUACGAUGAGCAAGUGAGCUUCAAAGAUGUGGAAGCGGAGGUGGACACUGAGUGUGUCUUGAGACGGAACUCCGCGGCUGGGACUACGACGGGCAUUGAGGUGUUUCUACGACACUUUGACACCUCCCAGCUUCUGAUCAACUGGUCUACCAUCACAGGGGAAUCUGGCGUCAAGGUCCAACUCCACACCAGUGACGAGUACCCUGAGGCCGGAAUGGGAGUCCUAGUCCCGGCCAAACCUGGGAUGAAAAUGACAACCACUAUCAAAGCUUAUCUCACCGAAAGUCUACCUGCCAUCAGGGGGCUACCAUUGGGAGAACGCAACUGUUACUUCCCUGAUGAGACGGAGCUGGAGGUUGCAGUACAAUACUCCCAACGUAGCUGUCUCAUUGAGUGUAGACUACACUAUUUCCAUCAGAUAUGUGGCUGUAGGCCGUAUUACUUCAACAUGCUAGAUAACAGAAUUCCAAUCUGCAAUGCUACUCAGCUUCUAUGUAUUGCAAACCAUGGAUCCAAUCUCAAGUUCUACAGACCACCAAACAACACCAACAUGAGAGGGUUUGCAGCUACUGAGACCGUCAGUCCACUGAACUGCUCACGAUGUCUGCCGACAUGUCAUGAGAGUUACUACGACGACGACACUGACCUGACCACUGACACACAACAGAGAGCGCUGGAGAACUACGGCUACCUCGAUCUCUACUACAAGUACGGAGGAGCUGUGUAUUAUCAACGAGAUGUCACCUUCGGCUGGAUAGAUCUCUUAGUUGGUAUUGGUGGUACUGCAGGUCUGUUCCUUGGUAUUAGUCUGCUAAGUGUGGUAGAGCUGCUGUUCUGGUCUGUAAAGCUGAUUCUAACUGGAUUCGUCAAGAAAAAAAUUCCCGCAGUACCUACAUCCCUCCCAAAAGGACUCGUAUACAACAAAGAUUUCUUGUAUUAA